UAUGAGGCUCCCACGUGGAGCGGGGCUGUAGGUGGUGUGUCAAGAAGCCAGAGAGAUCUGGGGGCUUUGUCGCUGGGAUGCGGCCGGGCGAGGGACAAGCGAGCGCCGAGUCUGAGCAGGCUGUGAAGCUCUUGCCGCCCGGGAAUGGAGAGGGAGUUGGCGUGUUGGUGGUAACUGGACCCGGGAAGCCGCAGGGGGCUACUUCGGGCACGAAGCGAAAGGAAGUGACCGCCGUGAUCCCUAAAGGGAAACCUAAAUCAGGGCGGGUGUGGAAAGACCGCGGCAAGAAGCGAUUUUCACAUAUGAUUCAGGACAAGCCUUUGCAUACCUCUUGGCAACACAAGAUGAAGGAACGUCAAGAGAAGAAAAUGGUCAGAGAUUUUGCCCGGCAGCUGGAAGAAGAAAAACGGAGAGAGCGCGAGGAGAAAAAACUGCGACGAGAAGAGAACUUGAAACGACGGCUGGAGAAUGAGAGAAAAGCAGAGAUUGUGCAAGUGAUUCGUAAUCCAGUGAAACUGAAGCGUGCGAAGAAGAAACAGUUGCGUCGCAUUGAGAAGCGAGACACGCUGGCUCUGCUGCAGAAACACCAGGCACAGCGCAAAGCAACCAAGGAAUGAGGGGGAAUGGAAAAAUAACUUUUAAAGACAGAUAGGACAGCGGCCCCAGUUCACCAGGGAGCUCAGAUGCAUUGCUCAUUCCCUCCUAUCGUCUCUUGCAACUGAAGUUCAGCUUGUUAACAAGAAGUUUCUAUUGCAUCCAAGUGUCCCUUUGUUGGAGCCUCUCUUUCAUUUUUCUUGGCAAUGAAGAGGCAGUAUGUAACAGGCUGACUUGUUGGAACCUGGUUCUAAAUACAUAGAAGAGCAAAUGUCUCUGAACUGAAGCAAAGUCUUAAAGAGUUUGUUUGCAGAUUUGCAUUUUUAUACUGCAAAGUUAUAUAUGAAAGAUCCUAACUAACCUAGUGGUAAUUUGUAAAAGUGUUCUUCACAAGGAGAGUGUAAAAAAGGGCAGUCUCCUGAAAUUAUAAUGUUACCAAGUUUGGAAAUUGCCUGUGAUCUUUUAACUAUAAGGCAACAUUAUGGGCUGGACUGUAGAGCUUAGUGCUGAGGAGGAUAUCUAUUUUCUGUUGCCUUUCUCAAAAAGUGAAGGUGUCAUAAGAGCAAUCAAAAUCACACACUCAGCUAUAUUUUUUUUUGUAUCAGUAUUCACUAAGUUCCAGCGUCAAAGGCUCCAGUCUAGCUGGCCUCUUUGAGUGCACAACUGAGUGUGUAUAUGCAUGACAGAUACUUUUGCAAAGACAACCAACUGUAUAGCCAACUCGAGGGAGGUUUAAAAUGAAUGUGUGGUACUGCUCUUUGCCAAAAAUAAAAUCCCUGCGUCACAUACA